AUGCCGCCCGCAGGCUCCGUCGAGCCCAGUCUGCCUCCGCAGCCGACGACCCCCAGCCUCCCUCCGCCGUCCACGUUCGACAUCCUCCCCGACCUCCACGGGCUCCUCAGCCGCCUCCUCCUCAGCCCCUCUGCCCCGGCGCCGGCUCCAACGCUGACUCCAGGCCAGCCGCCCGCCGAUGGCCCGCUCGACAUCCAGCAAGUCGGGACCGCAGCUACCGAAAUCAAGCUGAAGCUACAGAACGCGCGAAAGGCCGUCAUGGCGCUGCCGGAUAUCGAUCGGACGUGCGAGGACCAGCAGGAGGAGAUAGACGACCUAGAGAUGAGGAUCGCGAGGCUGAAGGCUUCUCUGCAACAAUUGGGGCAGCCACCCAAGGAGGCGGAAGACGGCGACCAGAGUAUGACGGGGUGA